AAGGCUCAGUCAGAAAAGAUGGAGGAGUAAAACUUGUCGUGUGCAAAGAAGUGCUCUGCCGUCAACUGUCAAAUGCGGUGGAAAUGGACCAACCGGGCGCAGUUAGCAACCGAUGUGUACACGUACCGUUAUUUGUCAAAAACACGUCUGAUUAUAAACAAAUUGCUCACGUAGCGGAUGCGACCGAAUGGAAAUUGUCCAUUUUCUAUAAUUUAUCAAAGCCAAGGGUAUACAAAGCACGGGGCAUGAUUGGUCGCGUGUCGAGGCGGUACUGCUGUUUCGAUGGAGUGUAGAAAAGUCCGAUUGUGAGCCGCAACUGAGAGGUAUUAAGCGCUGUUACCGCGUCAACAAAUGGACGGAAUUAUGUCCAAAGGCAGCCUUGCCAGCCUGGCCACGGUUGCAACGGUUCUGCAGUUUCUUACUGGCACUGUGAUUUGUAAUCGUUACAUUCGGAAGAAAUCAACAGGAGACACAUCAGCCUUUCCCUUCAUAUCCGGAUUUCUUUCCUGUUUCAUGUGGCUCAAGUAUGGUGUCCUGACGGAGGAAAGUACUCUGAUACUGGUCAACUUUAUCGGAUCCGCACUGUUUUUCUCCUACACUGUGGUGUUUUUCAUAUUCUGCGUAAACAAGCGGGAGGUGAUACGCCAAAUGAUGGUCAUAUCCUGCAUCAUAUUGAGCGCCACGCUGUACACCUUAUUCGAGACGGACGAUGAGAAGUCGAUCCGUGUCAUAGGUCUGCUUUGCUGCUGUUUGGCGGUUUUGUUUUUCGCAUCACCGCUUACAAUGUUAGCGCAUGUCAUCCGUACCCAGAAUACGGACAGUCUUCCUUUUCCGAUCAUUGUGGCAUCGUUUUUCGUGUGCUUACUUUGGACGGCCUAUGGCGUACUUAUUGGUGAUCGAUUUAUACAGAUUCCAAAUCUUCUCGGUGGAAUAUUGGCUGGAAUUCAGUUGACUCUGUAUGUGAUAUACCCGAAAAAGAAAGCUUCCUUCAGCGGUGGACCGCGGUAUUCACCUCUGGUAUCAGAAAACCCAAUUUUGUAG